CUCUUCCUUCUUUGGGCCAGGUGCUGCAAAACACAUGACGACUGCUAUACUAACAUUGGAACAUCCAAAUGCAACCCCAAGUCGCAGAUUUAUAGUUGGAAAUGUGGCAGCGAUGGACCCACCUGCGGCUACAGGGGUGUCGUCGUCGUGAGAGCACAAUGCAAGCUCUAUCCCUUUUCAUCUAGGCGCGCAACUUCACAACGGGUAUUGAAAAGACACAGGGCUGCGUCUCGCCAUAGUGCAGCGUUUAUUUUGGUCAUGCCUCCCCCGAGGUUCACCAUUUCCUUCUUCCCUCCAGAUUCAAAAACGGGAUGUGAACGUUCUGUGUGUGAAUGUGAUGCCGCAGCAGCCAAGUGCUUUGCCAAAGCCCCUUACAACGACGCGAACUGGAAUAUCGACACCGAGAAACAUUGCCAAUGAUAUUUGAGAGGCUUCAGCGCAAGGACUGUGG